CCAACUCCGGUAGCUUUCUUUCUCUAUAGCUUUCGAUUUCAACUAUCAAUCUCAAACCACUUGAACUUAAACCCUUCACCAAUCACCACUGCUCCUGCAUAUUCUCCCUAACGCCAUUAUCAAUCUCUCUUUCUCUUCUUCCAACUCACUCUUUUCCACUGCUUCAAUUAAUAAUUAUUCACUCUACUCCAUUAUUCAAUCCCCACUAAUUUUUUCUGAUUUAAAACCAUUAUCCCAUCUCUAAUCCUCUCUUUUCUUCCUUGUUAUAAAUAUUUCAAUCUAAAUCUCCACAACCUAAUUUUGGAAUCCACUCACUGAGCUUGCAUUUCUUCUAUGGAAUCUGAAAACGGGGUCACUUUGGAAGAUGAGAAAUGUGUUGUUGAGGAAAACCAAGUUGAAGAACCAGUUACCAAUUUGGAUAAUGAGGGCCAGAAUGCUGAUCUUAAGGAUAAAGCUCCCACCAUUAAUGGAAAAUCUGAACCUGUGGCAGUCACUGCUGAUGGCCUAGAUUCUUCUGGUGGGGCAGUUAAGGCAUCUGUGAUUGCUCCACCAAGUAAAAAUUCAAAAACUUCAAAGGAUUCUCAUGCUCCAAACAAUGGUUCCUCUAAGAACAGCAAAGUUAUCAAGGAGAAGAUUUUAAAAAGCACCACUCAAUCGUCUAGAAAUCAGAAAGGAGUCCUUUCUCAGAGUCUUUCUUUCCCAGCUAGAGGAGCUCGAGUUGAUGGAAUGAAGAAAAGUGUAGAUGGGUUACUAGUGAAAAAAGAAACCAAACAGGCCAGAGCAAAUGGAACCAAAGCUGAACCUUCUUUUGCUAAUGGAACAGUCACUUCAUCUUCUUCUUUGAGUCACCCAAGUAGGCGUUCCAUUGUUGCAGAAGUGCAGUCGAAAGAAGGAAACAAAACUAAUGGGGCUUCUUCUCGGAGGGCUACAUUGACAUCAAUUCCUAGCAUCAAACAAUCUACAUCUGAGAAGAUUGGUUCUGUUAGUGAAACUGCUAAUGGCCCUCCACCUGAUACCUCAUUAUCAAUUGAUAACAACUCAGCUCCUAUUACAGUAGCACAGCAACUUAAAGAGGAGGAUGAUACAUACUCCACUACGUCAAGUACUACUGGGGGCCGAAGAAGCAGUGCUGCGGGAUUUGCCUUCAGGCUGGAUGAGCGUGCUGCAAAACGGAAGGAGUUCUAUACAAAGCUUGAGGAGAAGAUUCAGGCAAAGGAGGAGGAAAAAUCUACCUUACAAGUGAAAUCAAAGGAAAGCCAGGAGGCUGAGAUCAAGCAACUGAGGAAGAGUAUGACAUUUAAAGCUACUCCAAUGCCUAAUUUCUAUAAAGAGCCACCUCCAAAAGUUGAACUUAAAAAGAUACCAACUACACGUGCGAAAUCUCCAAAGCUUGGAAGGAAUAAGAUCUCCAAUCUUUCAGUGAGCAACUCUUCAGAAGGAGGUGUUUCUUUAAGCCAGCCUCUGAACCAAAGCCAGAACAAUGGGAACAAAGGGUACGAAAAAGAGGUCAGUGAGUUGAAGAAACCAAUCAAGAAGUCACAGGCUAAGGUUCAUUCUCAGGAAACCGUGGCUAAUAAAAUUGAAUCAAAGCCCGUCAAGACAAAGAAACCAAAAUCGGCUGGCAAAGAAAGACAAAUUCAGAAAGAAGGCAUCAUAGAAUCCGAACAGUCGAAUGAGAAGAUAGACCAAGAUUCUGAAACAAAUGCUGAUGAGAACAAUGCUCAUGUACUUGUUGCACCGGCUGCUGCUCAUGAGAUCAAGCCUCAGGAAGUUGCAGUUGGUGUUUGAGGACAAAUUUUCUGAUACAUCAUUGUGUUUAUACUUUUGAAAAGAAACUUUGUUAAAGCUCCAAAUUGUUGUGAAUAUAGCGGUUAUUGAAUCACUGGUGAAAGUGUCAUUUAUUGUUUACUUUGAAGGUUAAUGUAAUUACUGGUGUGCUUUAUAAAGUUAUAGAAUCAUUAUUUUGGAACUUUUGGAAGUGUUUUUGACAAAACAAAAGAUGUCAAAUUCCUGUCUCUUAGUUUUCCACCAGUUUAGGCCUUUCCUACGUAUUGAAGUUGUAUGCAAUUAAUGAUUGUAGAUUUUCUCUUUUUUUGACU